GGGAAAUACAAAAAUGUGCUUUUUUUCAUUCAAUUUCCGGCGGCCGAAGACAAAUAAAAAAAUAAUUACCCAUUAUCGCUUCAAGCGACUAGAGUAUCCGCAAAACAGAAGCAUAUAGAAAAGAAAAAAAGACUCAAAAAACAGCCAUGCUAGCUAUAUCGCGAGAACUUGCCUUAUCGCUAAAUUUUGAAUACCACGAGCAUGCUGACACCUUGACCAACCUCGAGAAAAGGUUGACUUGUCAUCUCGAUACCAUGGAAAUGUCACCGGUCGAUCUACUCGAUGCCAAGGAAUAUGUAAAAGAUAGAGUAACCUUGUUCAGGUUUUUACGGGAUGCGGAUUUCGUUGAAGAGUAUGCUUUCAAACGUUUGGUGGACACAAUACAAUGGCGAGCAGAAAUCGGAAUCAGUCAGCUUACGUGGGAAAUGGUGGCGCCCGAGUUUUUCGAAAAUGGAUUCGCCUUUUUCCACAAACAAGAUCUUCUCGGUCGACCGAUUGCUCUGAUUCGUAUGCGUCAUUUUCCGAAAUUUCGGGAUACUACCAAAUCGUUGUCGGAUUACAUACCACCCUUCGCCUGUCUCGUAAUGGAAAUCGCUCGAAAGUUGACAUGGGAUAUCACGCAGGAAAGACAGCAACACAUAGACGAAUAUACAUUUGUUCUUGUCUCUCAAAUUGUGGUCAUCAUCGAUAUUGCAAAGGCUCCCUUUGUCCCCAUGGAGAAACAAUUGAUGCAUUCGUUACGAGAUAUUACAGAUAAACGGUUUCCGGGAUUUAUUGGUUCGGUGUACAUCAUGAAUUUUGGUUGGAUGUAUCAAGGAUUGUGGCAAAUGGUGAAACUGAUGUUGAGCGACAAUGCCAAAAGCAAGAUCAAUUUUCCCGGUGUCAAAGAUAUUCUCCAGGCGGUGGCUGCCCAGGAUCUCCUCAUAGAAUUAGGUGGCGUGGAUGAUUUCGAAUGGUCUAUUGAAUCCGAUCAAACACUGCAAAAGUAUGGGCAGGGACUGGUCGUUGAACCGUCGCCGGUACCGUCACCAGUGCCUUCUCCAGUACCGUCAUCAAGUGCGAAAGACGAGGGUGUCAUCGAAACAGUGUACGACGAUUCGGAAGCCGAAUCCGAUGACGUUUUCUUUGAUGCGCGGGAGUCAUCGUCCCAUCGAUCUAGCAUAUUCCAACCUUCACCUGCCAUCUACCCAUCGAUGAGUAUUACGUCGAGUCAUUACGGUACACCGGGUUCAUUGACGCCGAUUACGUAUCACCGACGACCGUCAUUGUCCUGGGCCGUUCCUCAGCAGUUGAUCCAGUCUCCCUAUUAUUGGACAGGCUUACAUAUUGGGGCGAAUUUCUUGACCUCAUUUUUCCAGAAACCGGGCCCCGAUCCUCGUGCGGGAGGCAUUUCUUCCGCGGCUCUUGCCAAUCGAUUGGAAAGGCUAGCUCAUGAGCAAGGCACGCAAACCAUCGAUCUCGAUGAUCCAAGCAAUAUCGACGAUUUAAAUCAUUUCACUGUUCUCGUCCAGCCACCACCUCAUUAUCCUCACUUACUCCCGCCUGAUAAUCCUCAAUCCGCCUAUGCUAUUGCUCCCUUGAAAACCCAUCUCAUACGCUCCGAACAACGGUUGGUCCGCUUUUCACGUCGCCUGUUCCGACUGUCGUUUGCGUAUAAAGGGGCGCUCUACUGGAUCGUACUAUACAUCUUCUUGAGAGGCCCCGUGGAAAACAGUAUGCGGCGGGCUUUGGCCAAAUUGCUGGUGGCCACACCUCAACAAAUCACAUACACCACCAUCGGUGUUACGGCGACACUGGCUGCCGCCUUUGGAUCUACGUUAUCGACCGCCGUCAAUGGUCGUCGGUAAAAACCCUGUACUUUUUUCUUACAAGCAUUGUGCUCCAUGUAUCAUAUAUCAUUUUACUCUUUCUCCCCUCUUGCCACACUUAGUUACCACCCGUAAUAAAUUUUAAACCCUUAUUGCUCCUUUACCUGAA